AUGACCCGGCCUCCCCUGGCUCUUCCACCGUCCGGGCUCCCUUUCCUCCCUAUGGAAAUUUUAAAUGGAGCACAGCUUCAGAAAACAGCAAUAUCAUGCUUUUAUUCCUACUUCCGAUCUGUGAUUUGUCUAAUAUUUCUGUUUUCUGAUGUUCCUUCAAUUUCAGUGAGCAUAACUGCUGUUGGUAAGCGAGAGAAACUGUUGCGUGUUAUAAAAAACACUGUUACACAGUACCUACCCCUCGACUGUCGGAAGAUAGGCUACUCUCAUUGUUCUGAGAAGCUGGUGGAUAUUCAGGACUAUGUUAAUGGCGUCAACAAUGACACGAACCUUGUCUUUGUGGUUGGGGCUAUGGCCCAUGGCAAAAUUGAUAAAGAUUAUGUCGAAGAUUAUUUAUCAAUUUCAGAUUAUCCAUUGAGUUCUGCAUACUGCAUAUCAAUGAUCACGAAUGCCAUGGAGCGCAAAUGGAAGAUUUUGUAGAUUGACCUUACUCCCAAGACAUACUUUCUAGAGUGUUGUCCUAGCUAGUUUUCUUUCUAUAGGCCUUUUUGGGUUGUUAAGUUUGUGUAAAAUAUUGAAAAAGUGCAAAUGACCCUCACAUUUUGGAGUGCCCUUUUUGCUCGUUUACGAUCAAUUUGAAACAUUUUGCGCUUGCAACAGGCUUAUUGAUCGUAUAAAGUGAAAUUUGAGUUUCAAAAUUUUGAUUAUCGGAAUCUCCCUGAGUGCAGAGGCCAACAUUGACUA